UUGAAAAUCGUUUUUUUUUAUUCAGAACUAUUUGGACCCAGGAAAGACCAAAGCAUUCGCGACAGAAUCCAAAUUUCCGAUGACGGUGAAGUGACGAUUAAUGAUGAAGAGCGAGUCAAUGAGAAUGCUCAUGUGCUAGUGAUUGGCACUACCAGUCGGCCAGAUGCUGUAGAUGGUGGUCUAAGGCGUGCUGGGCGUUUUGAUACCGAGAUAUCUUUGGGUAUUCCUGACGAACAGGCUAGGCAAAAGAUUUUGCAGACCGUUUGCAAAUUACCUCUGGAUGAAAAUGUCAACCUAAAGAUGGUCGCGAGGUUAACUCCUGGUUAUGUAGGCGCAGAUCUCAUUGCUUUGGUCAGAGAAGCUGCCAAAUGUGCCGUGAAUAGGAUAUUUGACACUAUAGUGAGCCGUAGCUCGUCAAAGCGACAAAUGACAAACGAAGAAGUGAAGGAAGAGUUGGAAAAAGUGCUCGCUUGGCUGCAUUCUGAAGAUGAUCCAGGAGCACUGGAAAAACUAGGUGGAUUUCGUGUGACAAUGUCUGAUUUUGAACGAGCACUCGAAAAUGUCCAGCCAUCUGCGAAGCGUGAAGGCUUUGCUACUGUACCGGAUGUCUCAUGGGAGGACAUUGGUGCCUUGAGCGAGAUAAGGCAGGAAUUAGAAUGGCAUAUACUAAUUUUCUAA